AAAAUUUGAAGUAAGAAAUAAACAGAAAUUUCUACCACAAUUCCACUUGUGGGCCAUUUACGUGCAACUUCAUAAAUCAUAGAACUUCCAUUCAUUGUGUUGCUUUAACAUGCACUAUAAAUUAAUUCCCUCUUUUUUAAUCGAGGAAAUUUUUUUGUUUUCUUUUGUAAGUGUUAGUAAUUGAAAUAUGGAUGUAGCUGCUGGUGGUGGUUUCAAAAACGUUGCUUCUCCUAUUCCUUACAUUUUUGGUAGCAUAGUUCUCAUGCUUGCAAUUGUAACAUUUGCAUUAGUUAUUCUAGCUUGUUCUUGUCAAGAAAAUUCAUCAUCUACCAUUUUAUCAAACGAAGAUAAAUCUAUGAAGAAUGUGGAAAUGGUGGUGGAUUUAGAGCCUAAGAUUGUUGUCAUUAUGGCUGGAGAUAGUAACCCUACAUACUUGGCUAAACCUGUUUCAUCAACAUGCCAUAGUGAAGAAAUGGUUUAGACCUAAGCAAGUUUUUAAAUUGGGAUUGUCUCGCGGUUACGAUGCGGAUAUUAUAUUGUGGAAAACGUUGCUGAUUCAUUCAAACUUACAGUUAUGGAAAAUUCAAACCAUGGAAGUAUGUCAUAAUUGAAAUCAUCAGCACAAUGGACGGAAAAUAAAGAAGAAAUAAAAAUAUCUAUUAUUAAUGUUUCCUUGUCCAUUGAUGCUUAUUUGUAUCAUGUAUUUAAACUCAUGAUGAUUGUGUGAGAUGUGAAAUCUUAGAGUAGAAAUUAUAUGAAGUAUAUGUGAUUGUUUUAGAUUUUGUAGGAAUGAUUUUGAAAUAAUUUAUUUAUUAAAGUUUGGUUUUUUUGAUAGUAAAGUUGAAUUGGUU